AUGCCCUGGUGGAUUGACUGCUUCUGCAGCCCCUCGCCGCCCUCCUUCCAGACCAGACCGGACCAGACCAGUGGUCACGGGGGGGGGGACUUGAGCAGGUCUUCUUCCUUCCGGCCCUCCGUGGAAACUGGCGACAGUCCCUACUUCGAGUCCGACGAAGUCAAGCCCUCCAAGCGGCUGGGGGCCCCCGUGGGGGCCCCCCUCAGGGGGGCCCCGGGGGCCCCCCCCGACCUCAACUUGGGCUGGGAAACUGGCAACUUGUCCACUUUGGAGUUCGCCCGCUCCAAACGCAUGGAGUCCAAACGCUCCAACAAACCCCCCGCCACCCAACUCAACUCCAUUCCCGAGUUCAUUGCCGAGGCCAAAAUGCCCAACGGCUGGGCCGCCGAAGCUGCAGCCAGCAGGCAGGCCCACAACCGCUAG